UUAAGUGUAUUCAAACUUUAUUCGACUUCCAAAAGUAACUUGAAUGAUAACACUAUUCCAGUUAAAGAGUAGGAAUAAUGCAAACCUAUGCAUUAUUUUGGUUACAGGCCAAACCGAAGAUAAAACAUAUGUAAAAGUAUUUACUGUUUUUCUUAAGAGAGUUUAUUGGUGAUUGUUGUUUUGAAAAAUAUUACGUGUUUAUAUUUUUGAGCUUCUAGCUCAAUAGAUACAUUUAGUCUUUUAAGAACUAGGGGCAUUGACACUAAUGCUUUUGAAGGUUUUUCCCUUUUUUCCCUCAAGGAUUCAGUUGGUGGAAGCAGGAGCACCCAUGUUCCCAUGUGUCCCAGGCUUACUGAAGGAACCUCACAUGCAGUGUUUUGAUGGAACAGCAGCUGACACUGUUAUUACUCAUCUCAGGCAGCUGGGUGACUAAUGGCCUUUGCUGGCCAUGAGCCACCUGACUAAAAUGGUUUAUGCUUUAGGUGUGUGUGUGUUUGGGGAGGGGGUACAAUUAUAGUACAAGGCUGUAUUUUUACAAAUAUUUCAAAUAUGUUCAAUUACCUUGUUUGUACAUCUUAAAGCUUUAAGGGCCCAGGAAUUCCUUCUCCAAAGUUCACAAAGGGAUAAUCUUCAGCUUCCUUCCUUCCUCCCUCCCUCCCUCCCUCCUCUCCCCUCCCCUCCCCUUCCCUUCUCUUCCCUUCCCUUCCUUUCUUCUUUUUCUUUUUCUGAAACCACUUGAAUGUAUUUAGGAAAUUUUGAAUGAAAGCAAGACAUUGGUUCUUUAUAUUUCAAGAUAGAAAAGGCAUUAAGAAGUACAUCUUUCCCAUCUAGAAAAAUAUUACCAUCGAGCAAAAAAACACAAUUAUAUUUAGAAAUACAGCAAAUUAUACUGCUCAGAAAGUGUUUAAUUUCAUGGUUUUAACUCUAUACCUGUGCCACAUUUUCUAGAAUAGGUUAAGAGGUCUCACACAGAUUAUCUUUAAACAUCCACAUAAGAUGGCAUAAGAUGGUUGCUAAAAGCUUUCACAUUUUGGAUUACUUUCAUUUUUAUGCCUAAAUGACUUUCAGUGUUUCGACAAUAUUUGCUCUUCACAGCUUAUAAGUAUUAUCAUUUGGAGUUGUUUCUAAGGCCUAAAUAAAAAAGCCAAAUGGAAGGGAGCGGCAGGGGAAAUGUGUUAGAAAAAUACUUGUCUUGAUUAGUUGACACAACUAGAAACAACCCCAUCUAAUUCAUCCAUGAACCCAGUUCUACCCUAAGUGGAAAGACUACAAGGAUUUCAGGCCAGACCUUCAUGAGUAUCUGUGUGAAAUGAAACACUGCCUCUAGGAAACAUCAGGCGGGUAGCAUGAACCAAAUAGAAAACCAAAACAUCUUAUUUAUACUCCUCACUGAUUGCAAAUGUUGACCGAUUCUUCUGGAUGCUUUCUUCUUCAUACUUAUAAACUUCAGUGCAAGUAUCUUUUCCAUAUAUGAUUCUAAGAUCGGGAUCUUAAAAUCCAAGAGAAAAAAAAAAAUGGAGGUUCAGAGACAAAGGGAGGAAGCAAUGUGCUCUUAUUUUCUGCCGUGUUAAUUACACUAGGGCAAUACUAGCAGUAGUGUUUGAGUAACUAAAUACCCAGCCAGGUUGGUGGCUCAUGCCUGUAAUCCCAGCACUUUGGGAAGCCAAGAUGGUUGGAUCACCUCAGGUCAGGAGUUCAAGACCAGUCUGGGCAACAUGGAGAAACCCUAUCUCUACUAAAAAUAUAAAAAUUAGCCAGGUGUGGUGGCAUGUUCCUGUAAUCCCAGCUAAUAGGGAGGCUAAGGUAAGAGAAUAGCUUGAACCUGGGAGGCGGAGGUUACAGUGAGCCAAGAUCAUGCUACUGCACUCCAGCCUGGGCAACAGAGCAAGAUUUCGUCUCAAAAAAAAAAAAAAAAAAGAAAGAAAAAUAAAGAAAAGAAAUAACUUAGUGGGACAGUAUAAUAAUUUGAAGAAAGUGCCUAAAACUCUGUUUCCACUUUUAUUGUUUUUCAAUUGAGAUAUCUGAAUAAUUGAAAACUGACUCCAGAUACGAUUUAAACAUUUCUCUUACAGCUGGGAAUGACACUUACUUAAAGGGUAGAACAGAGACACGUACAUGUAGCCCUGCAGUUCAGACUCUGCCUCUAGCUUUCCAAUAAAAUUGGUUGAAAGAACCUGCCAAUUGAUUAACAUCCUGAAACCCAGGAGACUGAAAAUUAUGGCUACUAUACUAUAUUCCACACUACAGUUGAAAAAAAGUCUUCUGUGACAUCGAAGUUCAAGAGAUUGCCUUGUUUCCUUAAGAGCAUUGUUAAAGGUCUGAUAAUUUAAGAAAAUUAAGGUAAAAUAAUGCAUUAUGUGUAUGUUAGAAAAACCAGAGUAAUAGUCUACUAUACAGAAAGACUUCUGAACUUGCUGCUUCAAUUGAAAAACAAGCAGGACCCAAGUUAAAAAAUAAGUAUUGCCACUAGUAAUAUAAAUUGAUUUUUCCUUUCUGCAUCCUGCAAUGAAUUCAUUGUUAAAAAAAAAUCAAAACUCAUUUUUUAAAAAAUCUCUGGACUCUUUGUAAAAGUUAGCUUGCCUAGUCUUUUCUGAGUGACUUGUAUUCUUGCCUUCCCUAUUCUCACUGUAUAAAAACCACACUUUAUUUCCUUUCUUUUUCUGAGAAAGCUGUAAGAGCUAACUAAUUUACUCAGACUAUGGAACUCUAGACCACGCAGAUCUUGAUCGUAAUUCUAACUUCACCACUGACCUUUAACAAUGUACAGGCUAAUUAUGAUUAUCUGUAAAAUAAGAAUAACAGGUAUCUCCUAGGAUUAUUAUGAGAACUGAGAUAAUAUACCUAAAGUUCCCAGCUCCCAGCCCUGUGUAUCUCAUAAGACAGGUGGCCACAUUUUUAGUUCCUUUCCUGUUCUCCACCUAUCUCCCUCUCCUGAUCCUCACCCCCCUCCACAACUUAACCUCUAAAAAAUGCAUACGUAAUUGUAGGGAAAUUAGCAUGAAUGCCCAGAUGCAUUUGUUACUGAAUUAACUCAGCAGUGAACUUGGCAUUCCAUAGCUAACCUUUCCCCUUCAUUAAUCCUCUUCUCCAGCCCCCUCAGACACAGGAGUACAACAGGACGCCAGGCGAACUAUGUAACCAACCAUGCAUGUGAGCAUUUUCUACCAGAAUUUCGACUAGUCUUGUUCUGCCUCAAACACUAGACGGGGCUCAUGCUGCUCACAAUUAACUGACUCUGGCCAUGUGGUGGCUGCCCUCAAGAUCUACCACAAAGAGAACAGCAGUUCAAUAAAAUCUCGAACUCUAUUUAUAGGCCACUUGAAACAAGCAGUUUCCUUGAAGCCCAAGAAGCCCUCCUUGAGAAUGCAGCAAGUAAUUUACUAGCCCCAGUACUCACUGGGGAAAUAAGAGGGCCGAAAUGCAGCAAGUGCAUUUUCUCAAGUACUGCACAUAUAGAAAGCAUUUUGUCCUACACUCUGUCCCAUUUUACCCUCAUAUUACCAACCAAGGAAGUAGACAAAACAGGCACUAGUAACAAAUCCCUGUUUUAUAGAUUACAAAACUGAUGCCUAGGGGGUUAAAUUGCUAAUGAACAGUGGUGAUUGGACAAGGAGGUUAAAAAAAUGUCUAAAGGGUGAGAAUAAUCUCUUGCUCAUGCAAUCAAUCUACAAUUCAGUAAGUCAUUAUUUACCUAUUAAAAAUAUAUACAACUAAGAAGAAAUGUUUCGUAAGGCACUUGCAAGAUUAAAAAUUGUUCCGUCUCCACUUCUAAGAAAAUCAAAAUAUGAGAAAUAAAAACUUAGAGAGACUCUACAGGGAAACAUUUAUUAACAUGUUUGCUUCUAUUUAUAAUAUAUACAUUCAGAGUGAUUAUAUUUUUGGCAAGAAAUGCCUUCUUAAAGACCCUCAAAAUUAAAAUGUGCGUAAUCGAGGCUAAUUUUGAAAAAGAUGAUAGGAAUUUUUAUGAGAAAUUUAAAUUGAUUCUGUCAGUCAGCUCUGAAAUAAAUAUAUCUUUACUAUUUUUUUUAAUAUGGGAGUUUGCAUAAUUCCAGUAUGUAUGCAAAACACAAGACUUUUUAAUAUGAGUUUAUGGGCCAGAAAUCAUUUUGCUCUUAGAAUUAAUUUGAUUUUGGCAAAUACUCUGAUUUUCUAACAUCCUUCUUUAAGCCCUGUUACCUGGAAACCUUAAACAACUUUUUGGCUUGAGAGGGAUGUCUGGGCAAUUAGAAUAGCUACACGGAAGUCUGCACUUGUGUGUGUGUGUGUGUGUGUGUGUGUGUGUGUGUGUGUUUAGAGAGACAGAGAGAGAUUAUUGCUCAAAUAAUGCCCCUGGGUUGGUUGCUUGGCUUGGUGCCAUUUGGGAUUCUCAGAUUUUAUUGUCCCAGCUCUGAUUUACAGAGUUCAGAAUCUCGAAAGGCAAGGCGUCUGGAGUUUAGGGUCUUUCCACGACAGCCCCUCCUCUUCCCUGUACACUCCUUUUGCUUGUGGUCACCUUGUGGUGACCUUGCAGGACUCAGCGUUUUUACCUGAGCUCAGUAGCUGGGGAGCCCACUAGUGCUGGGGAGCAAGCCGUGGUUUCCAUUCCUGGGUGAUGGAGUCAUGGGAGAAACUGCAGUGAGCAAGCACAGUAGGACCUGAGUUGGGCUCGAAUGUGCUUUAAGCGGCUCAGGACAGAGCAGCUGCUCUGUCUCCCAGCUUGCAAGUGCAGCCUGCAUUUGUCACUGACCACUGAAGUGUAUGUUUGUGCAAGGAGGCGAUCGAGAUCGGAUGACAGCAAAUCAUGAGAGCUACCUCCUCAUGGCAAGCACCCAGAAUGAUAUGGAAGACUGGGUGAAGUCCAUCCGCCGAGUCAUAUGGGGACCUUUUGGAGGAGGCAUUUUUGGACAGAAACUGGAGGAUACUGUUCGUUAUGAGAAGAGAUACGGAAACCGUCUGGCUCCGAUGUUGGUGGAGCAGUGCGUGGACUUUAUCCGACAAAGGGGGCUGAAAGAAGAGGGACUCUUUCGACUGCCAGGCCAGGCUAAUCUUGUUAAGGAGCUCCAAGAUGCCUUUGACUGUGGGGAGAAGCCAUCAUUUGACAGAAUCCAGCAGCAGUUUGGGACAAAAUGGUUUGGAAUGUUCCACCCUACCACAUGUGCAGGUUAUAGUUACAGGAUGAGAAAAAGAAGUAACCUACGGAAAACGGAAGCGAGCAACACAGAUGUACACACGGUGGCAUCACUUCUUAAGCUGUACCUCCGAGAACUUCCAGAACCAGUUAUUCCUUAUGCGAAGUAUGAAGAUUUUUUGUCAUGUGCCAAACUGCUCAGUAAGGAAGAGGAAGCAGGUGUUAAGGAAUUAGCAAAGCAGGUGAAGAGUUUGCCAGUGGUAAAUUACAACCUCCUCAAGUAUAUUUGCAGGUUCUUGGAUGAAGUACAGUCCUACUCGGGAGUUAACAAAAUGAGUGUGCAGAACUUGGCAACUGUCUUUGGUCCUAACAUCCUGCGCCCCAAAGUGGAAGAUCCUUUGACUAUCAUGGAGGGCACCGUGGUGGUCCAGCAGUUGAUGUCAAUGAUGAUUAGCAAACAUGAUUGCCUCUUUCCCAAAGAUGCAGAACUACAAAGCAAACCCCAAGAUGGAGUGAGCAACAACAACAAUGAAAUUCAAAAGAAAGCCACCAUGGGGCAGUUACAGAACAAGGAGAACAAUAACACCAAGAACAGCCCUGGUAAGCAGUGCUCCUGGGACAAGUCUGAGUCUCCCCAGAGAAGCAGCAUGGACAAUGGAUCCCCCACAGCUCUAUCAGGCAGCAAAACCAACAGCCCAAGGAACAGCGUUCACAAGCUAGAUGUGUCUAGAAGCCCCCCUCUCAUGGUCAAAAAGAACCCAGCCUUUAAUAAGGGUAGUGGGAUAGUUACCAAUGGGUCCUUCAGCAGCAGUAAUGCAGAAGGUCUUGAGAAAGCGCAAACCACCCCCAAUGGAAGCCUACAGUCUAGAAGGACCUCUUCACUGAAGGGAUCUGGUACCAAAAUGGGCACGCACAGUGUACAGAAUGGAACGGUGCGCAUGGGCAUUUUGAACAGCGACACACACGGAAACCCUGCAAAUGGACGAAACAUGAGCUGGCUGCCAAAUGGCUAUGUGACCCUGAGGGAUAACAAGCAGAAAGAACAAGCUGGAGAGUCAGGCCAGCACAACAGACUGUCCACCUACGAUAACGUCCAUCAACAGUUCUCCAUGAUGAACCUUGAUGACAAGCAGAGCAUCGACAGCGCCACCUGGUCCACUUCCUCCUGUGAAAUCUCCCUCCCUGAGAACUCCAACUCCUGUCGCUCUUCCACCACCACCUGUCCAGAGCAAGACUUUUAUGGGGGGAACUUUGAGGACCCUGUUUUGGAUGGGCCCCCACAGGAAGACCUUUCCCACCCCAGGGACUAUGAAAGCAAAAGUGACCAUAGGAGUGUGGGAGGUCGAAGUAGUCGUGCCACCAGCAGCAGUGACAACAGUGAGACAUUUGUUGGUAACAGCAGCAGCAACCACAGUGCACUGCACAGUUUAGUUUCCAGCCUGAAACAGGAAAUGACCAAACAGAAGAUAGAGUAUGAGUCCAGGAUAAAGAGCUUAGAACAGCGAAACUUGACUUUGGAAACAGAAAUGAUGAGCCUCCAUGAUGAACUGGAUCAGGAGAGGAAAAAGUUCACAAUGAUAGAAAUAAAAAUGCGAAAUGCCGAGCGAGCAAAAGAAGAUGCUGAGAAAAGAAAUGACAUGCUACAGAAAGAAAUGGAGCAGUUUUUUUCCACAUUUGGAGAACUGACAGUGGAACCCAGGAGAACCGAGAGAGGAAACACAAUAUGGAUCCAGUGAGCCUGCUUUCGCCUGCCGUCUCCAAUGGCUCUGGCAAGGACUCCAGGGAUUCUGGUGGGAUAUGACUUAGAACCAGGUGGCUGGUCACCUGGAUGUACAGAAGUCUAACUGGUGAAGGAAUAUCAUUUACAGACAUUAACCAUCCACAUCUGCAAUGUGUACCAAAGUUAUGUCAUGCCCCAUAAUGCUACUGUCAAGUGUUACAACUGGAUAUGUGUAUAUAGAGUAGUUUUUCAAAAGUCAACUAAAAAUGAGAAGCAUAUGUCAAGAAUUAUUUUAUUGCAAGUCUUGUAUUUAAAAUGUUAAAUCAAUAUGUUGUUGCAAUUUAGCUUGCUUUCAAGCUUCACCCCUUGCACUUAACAUAAGCUAUUUUUGGCAUUGUGUUAUCAUCAGCUUAUUUUAUAGAUCAAUAUUUUUAUUUCCCUUUUUGCUGAGGAAAUGAAGAUAAGCAAAAAUAUAAAUAUAUAUAUAUAAAAAUAUAUGAGUUAUUAAAAUCAGAAGAAUACUUCGUGGCUGUGCUGUUUGUGCCAAUAGACUUUGUCAUGACCAAAAAGAGAAAUGUAAAUACUUUUAUAAAAUACAGUCGAAUCACCAGGAACCUUUGAGCUGCUUUUAAAAUUCUUCCCCUGGCAUCACUCAGUUUUGCCUUUGCCAGACGAUUUGACAUAGGAACUUUGAGACUCCAUGAGAAAGUCCCUUUCUGAGGCCCACUGUCUACCUUGCCAGAUCCUCGGUGUGUAUCACCAAUGCAGGAUGCUCCUUAGAGAAGAAAAAAAUGGUAAAGAAUGGCAUUUAACCAUUCAGGCUUUGAAUUACUCUGUCAUUCUGGACUAAAUCUCUUUAACUGCUGGAUAGCUGUAGAGGAAUUCUUCCUGCUACUUAGGAAUUGGGAAACAAUGCUUGCUAAACCAUGCCCACGUGAGCACCUGUCUCCCACUCAAACCUCUCCCACCUCCCAACAAUGGCACUUUAGAAUACCAGCAGUGAAAUGGUAUUACUGUUUCCCUCUGAGUGAAACUGCUAGAGUAUGUGUCAUGUAGUGACAUUUUUUUCUCACUCAAGCUAUUGCCAUCUGGGAUUCUCUCCCUACUACAGUUGGCAAAGUUGGUUUGCAGCAAGAAGCUGGUGGGAGGGGGCCAGGGUGCAGGAGGAGAAGAAGAAAAGUUUGGAAGGAACAAACUGUUUUGCUUCUAAUUUUGACAGUAUCAGUGUUUCCUGUUGAAAAUAUACAAUAAUUUUAAAAGGUGAAUGCCUAAAGUUCCAAUUUUGGCAAAUAUGGGAACCUCAGCAAUGCUAAUUUUCUAGAAAAACCCAGGGCUCUUUGGAGCUAGAGUUUUGGGAGAACAGUUCUUCACAAUAAGACAACGGUUUUGAGAAGUCAGGCAAAUAAUCUUUCUCAUAGUAGAACAGAAAGUUACAAAAGUCAAAAUCAGAAAUAAAGACUGCAUACUCGAGUUUAUGGGGUUUGCGUUGUUUGAAGGUUGAAUGCUUGCAUGUGCUUAUUUAUUUUCAAGAGGGAAAGUGGUCUGUACUGUUGUCAUCCUUGCCACUGUCUUGCUUUUAUUUUUGCCCUCCCACUGAGCAAGUGUCUGUGGUCCUAUGGUAUCAACCAGUACCUUUAUAGCAAUAACUUCUUUAAUUUCCUUUUCUCUGUCUUUCAAUUAUUUAACCAGUUACUUCCACCUGGACACACGAUAGGAAAUUCAAACUCAAAAUGUGAAAAUUGAUCUUAAUAACUCUCCCUUCAUAUCUUUUCACCUAUUUCCAGUCCUUAUCAUAGUUAAUAAAAACCUCAGACUCAUCCAGAAAGCUAUAUGAUGUACUAGUAAAACACAAAGAUAUUCAUUCAAACUGCUUGGAUUCCAAUGGUCUACAAUUUGCCAGCUGUUACUACUGAACCUUCCAUGCAUAACUUAUUUUUCCUCUGUGCAAUUGGAAUAAUAAAAAUAAUACUCCCA